CUGGGGCCGGGGCUGUUGCUGCCGCCGCCGGGGGGCGGGUCCGACUGGGAAUCUAUCCUCUUCGAUGAAUUCAGUGACCUUGCAGAUGUAGCAGAUUUGCAGCUGGAUAUGGAGAAUGAGCCUUAUAAAAAUUGUCUGUAUAACCUUGAUUUUGAUCUUGAUUUGAUGUCUUGUGACUCAGACCUCUGGGAUACUACAAACCAGACUUUUUCAGAGGCAAACUUGAAGACAGAACCUCAGUCACCAGCUAAUUCAACUUUUUCAGUUCCUUCGCCGUCAUCAUCAGUGGACUCUUCAGCACAACAUGUGCCCGAUCUGUCAUUGGGGGGGGGGUUUUGUACUUUCCAUCAACAGGAAGACUUGGACUUCAGCUCCAGCUCCCAGAUGUCUCCACUUUCUCUUUAUGGCAAGGGCUCCACAAGUCCCUCAUCCCCUGAUGCCCAGAAUAAGAAAAAGCCUGUUGCCAAUGCCACACUCCGGUCUGCCAAUAGCUCUGCAAAGGCACCAAAGCGAUAUAAUCAGGUAUCCAAACUUUCCAUUCAACCCAAGCCUCUCUUGCUGCCUGCUGUACCUGAGACUCAGACCAACAUUGGUUUACCAGCUAAAGCCAUCAUUAUUCAGACCCUUCCAACACUUCUGCCACUGCCAAAGCAGCAACCAGUGGUUAGCAUCCAGCCAGCCCCUCCAAAAGGUCAGCCAGUGAUGCUUUCUCAGACCACUAUGGUACAGCUUCAGACUCCUGGAGUUCUCCCUGCCUCCCAGCCAGUUAUUGCUGUCACUGGAGGCACCUCCCAACUUCACAGCUGCAACAUGAACAUGCUUCCACAAGCUUCAGGAAACACUUUAGGGAGUGGAAAAAUACCAGUCACUAAACCUCUUCUCCAAACCACCACACCAGCUACAGGCAUGGAUCUUAAUGUCUUAAGGAGACAGCAACGCAUGAUCAAAAACCGGGAGUCAGCCUGUCAGUCUCGGAAGAAGAAGAAGGAAUACAUGUUGGGGCUAGAGGCCAGGCUGAAGGCAGCUUUGGUGGAAAAUGAACGGCUCAAGAGGGAGAAUGGCUCACUGAAGAGGCAGUUGGAUGAGGUGGUGUUAGAGAACCAGAAGCUCAAAGAUUACUCUCCAAAGAAAAGAGCUGUGUGUGUGGCAGUGAUACUUGUCUUCAUAGUGCUGAACUGUGGCCCACUGAGUUUGCUCAAAAGAGACUCCAGUGGAGCUAAUCCCAACCUGAGUGCUGCUUACCGGAACAGACACCUGCUGGAGUUCUCAGCUAGCCAGAAGCUUGACACAGCUCAGAAAACUCCUGACAUCAUCAUUGCUAAGAGCAGUGAUAGGUCUGCACGUUCUGUUUCUGAUAACAAAGCCCUAAUGGUUUUAACGGAAGACCCAUUAUUAUAUAUUUCUCCACCACCCUGUAAACCACUGAUCAACCGGACAGAGUCUCUCAGGUUAAAUCAUGAACUUCGAGGAUGGGUUCAUAGACAUGAAGUGGAAAGGACACGUUCUAGACGACUGUCAAAAAACCAGCAGCAAAAAACACAGGUUGUCCAGAGCUCCCCUGGGGAGAAUGCAGAUUCACAGCUGAUGGCCGUGCCAUACACAGAUACAAGUGUCAGGUUGUCAAAUGAGUUUGUUAUUCAGCAGUUUUCACUGUGCAUCGCUGUUUGGAAUGCCCUUACACCCACCAAGAACAAAAUGUGUGUUGCUGAAUGUCGGAACUCGGGGAACGAGCUGCAGGUAUACUAUGCCUCUCCAAGGAGUUACCAAGAUUUUCUUGAAGCUAUUGACAGAAGGGAAGAUACAUUCUAUGUGGUGUCAUUUCGUAGAGAUCACCUACUGCUGCCAGCCACCACUCAUAAUAAGACUAGAAGGCCAAAGAUGUCUAUCGUAUUGCCAGCAAUAAACAUCAAGGAGAAUGUAAUUAAUGGACCGGACUACGAGGUCAUGAUGCAAAUAGACUGCGAAGUGAUGGACACCAGGAUUCUGCACAUCAAGAGUUCAUCUAUACCUCCCUACCUGCGAGAACAACAAAGAAAUCAGACUGAUACCCUCUACAGCUCUUCUCCCACUGUCCCAGAGGCAGCCCACACCAUAAGAGCACUUGUUGAAUCACUGCAGUAGCACCUAAGCACUUCAGAACUGCGGUCUCCAGACCUCAAAAGGAAGCAAGGUCAUGUGGUACUACAAUUACACACCUCCUUACCAUUACUACUAUGGGGUAAAGAGCUGGGCAUUGCUCAGCACCAUGAUUCGGCUGCCUGAUCUAGCCCUUCGAUAGUCUGGCAGUACCUGGGAUUCUGACAUCUGGAAGGCUCUGCCUGAAUAUUACUCCAGCUUUGACAUUACCCCUUGAAUGUAACCUUUCACCAGAGCCCUUUCCUGCAUGGUCUCCUCAGCUUGGGCAGUG